AUAAAAAGCAGACAAGUGACUUUGUUAUUAGAAAAAAUAAAACUACUGAAAACAGUAAGUUCAACCUUAAAAUGUUUUCAAAACUUCAGCAGAGAAGAACACAGCUUUUUACAAGUGGAUAUUGUGAGCUUUGUAGUUGUCAUUAUGCCAAUCAACAAAAGCACGUGACUACUGAAAAUCACAGGGACUUUUUAUUAAAUUCUGAAAAUUUUAAGAAUCUAAAGAAGGAGCUUGCGGAGUUGUCUUCAGUACAAAAAUUUCUGUUGAAAGUGAAAAAGACUAUACCAAAUUCGUCCCAUAUGUCUAUUCAGUCUCCUUUUAAGCAAAGUGAUUCAAAGGAGUCAGUUUGCUAUCCAGCAAAGAACAUGCAAAAUGCACCCCAAGUUAAUGGAAUGUCAUUUGGCAAGAAUAAAAAGCACAAAAUGAUUGGCUCAACCCUUGUCCAUUGUCAACCUCAAGGCAAAGAGAUUUGGGAGACUUCAAUCAAUUUAAAAAAAACACAGAACUGGAAGAUAGGAACAUUACUAAAUGUUCAGCUAAAAUGA